AUGCCCAAAGUAUCCAAAGAAAAGAAACGAUUUACAUACGUUGAGCCUACACCAGAAGAAGUUACAUCAUUACAAAAAAAGUCUGUAGUAGAAAAUACACAUAGAUCUACAUUGAAUUGGACAAAACAGUUUGAGAACUAUCGUAAAGAUACAAACCUUCCUGGUGAAUUAUCUGAUAUUUCAAACCCAAAGCAACUUGAAAAAGAGCUUUGUAAAUACUUUACUUAUUUUAAUGGUGAGACAAGUAAAUUAAAACUAAUUGACCUAAAUGACAAAAAGGCGCACCCUGAUCUUUGGCAGGAUUUUAAAACUGUUGAGGUCUGGUAUGAAAAAACACAUUUGGGGAGAAAUUCGAUGAAGGCAUUCUUUAAACGACUAGUAGUAUCAUGUAAUAUCGAUAUUUCUGGUCAACUUAGAUAUAAAGCUUUAGAUAAAGCGAUUAAUUAUGAAAAAGUAAAUG